ACACCUAUCCACACGAGAUCAAAUCACUCUGCUUACCAGUAGCCUAGGGCUUAAUGAGGUUGGAAUUGGGCUUCGGAUCCAGGUGUAUCCCUAUCACCUGUCCCCUUGUUUCCUUUGUAUUUCAAUGCGUGAUCGCUUAGUGUGUUCUUGAUACUUGUUCCACAAGUUCGUUGCUUGAUCAUUUACCAGAGGAAACAAUGAAUCAAUUCGAAAAAUCUGAGAAUGAGUUGCCGGAUUUCUUUUCGAUGUUGCCUGAACCACUUACUCAUCACAUUUUGUCCUUCCUUCCGUUCACGGAUAUCGUCCGUACUUCAGUCUUGUCUAAGAUGUGGAGUCGCAUUUGGUUCAAUUACCCUAACAUCGAUUUGUUUUUGCAUGAGCAGAGUUACAUAGAUAAACUACAUCGACAUUCUUUCAUAGAUCACAUUAAAUCAGUCAUGGAUCAAUGCAUUCUUCGAAAAGAUUGCAUACAUAAGUUGCAGUUAAAAGUUUAUGCUGAUAACCUGGAGGAGUUGGCCCCCAUUAUGGACCAGUGGAUGAAGGCUGCAAUUGAGAGGAAUGUUUCUGAGCUAGUGUUUGAGAUGAAUUUUGCUCCAACCGCUUACUAUAAUAUUCCGAAGGAAGUAUUUGUCUCUAAUUCACUGAAGGUUUUACAGCUUGAGGGGUGUAAGUUUGACGAUAGUUUUUCCCGCACUAAUCUUCCACAUCUACAGAAGCUCAAAACCAUGCAGUGCCUGUUUGCCGGUGAGAACGUCUUAUCCAAGAUUUUAUGUGGCUGUCCUGAGUUGGAGUAUCUGCAAGCUUUAGUAUCUGAAGGCAUGAGAAGUUUUCUCUCGGUUUCACGUAAACCUAGAUUGAAAUAUUUUCACAUCGGGCGUUGCAACGAGCUCGAGAGGAUUGAGAUCUUUGUACCCAGUCUUGAAACGUUAAAAUGUGAUAUUCCAUAUUCAUGUUCCAUUGAUUUGGCUAGCUGCACUCUUCUCAAACAUUUGGAAAUACACCACGCUAUCCUCUCUUCUGAUUAUGUCCCUAUUCAGUAUCUUUUAUCUAACCUUCUCCAAAUUGAAGAAUUGCAUUUGUCUAACUGUAAACCGGCUGACAAAAUUCAAAUCUCAAGUCCAUGCCUCAAAAGACUUGUCAUAACGGAGUACAAAAGCUUUCCUGGUGCUGAACUUGACAUCCCAAAUUUACUUAGUUUAGACUUCUUUUCUAUGGGUGAAUGUAAUAAGAAUAACCGGUUCAGUUCUUGGAAUGUUCCCAAGGUAGAAGAAAUUCUCAUGUUGUUUUCUGUUAAAAGCUUUCGGAGUUCUUGCAGGGGUGGACUGAAGGGGUUCCUUAGGCAGUUACAAAAUUAUGAGGAUGUGAAAUUGAUUAUACAGUGCAGAGGUAAACAGGAUCUAAUUAUGCACGAGAAACUGCAAGCAGUUUCCUUUUCUUCUCUGAAUAAAUUCUUAAAAAAGGCACAACCAAGAUUUGUGCUCAUAUCAUCUAGAAGAGAUGAUUCGUUCUUGGCUCGUUUGCUGGUUUCUAGAGAAGACAAUGUUAGUCUAUCCAUGAUAUUUUCUUCUCGCAGAAGCAUAGAGUUGUUGCACGAGAAAUUGAGCAAUGUAUCAUUUCUGAAGCGUUGGUAUAGGGAAUUUCAGCUGGUUUCUAUAGAGGAGAUAGAGCGUGAAAUGGACUCUGAUUGGAAACCCUUCUUUGAGACCCAUUCAAUAGGUUACCACACUGCUAGAAUAAUCCUCAUCAGGAGAGUUUGAUGGGCAUGAUCGGUUCAAUUCAAUGUAGCAUGUGUUUGAAAAAAUGCUAGGUGGUGGCCCCUGGCGGCGCUUAAUCGGGCACAGAACAAAAAAAAAAGCUCUAGUGCUGCUUGCUGGUUAUAUUCACAUCAAUCAGAUGAUGGUUGCCAUCUGUAACACUGCGCUCCUGCAAUGACAAUCCAGUCUAAAAGGUAAUAACAUGGAUGCGAACGCCCUGUUUGCUAUGAAGAAGAAGAAGGGCAAGGCCCAAACCAAGAAGAAGGAUCCUUCAGGCCAGCAGCCCGUGGAUGCGUCCUUUCAGAAGGACGGGGUGGAGUCUUCUGCAGCUGUUCCCACCGCUGACGGGGCAGGGGUUUCUCAAGCCGAUGCGGCCACGAAGAAGAAGUCUGGGAAGGGGGGAAGCCCUCCGGCAAAGAAGCAGAAGAAGGCAGGGGAUGUCGCAGAGAGAGUUGCCCCCGUGAUGAUAAUCGAGGAGCAAUCCUCUUCUGAGCCCCCGGUCGCAACCGCGUUGACAGCUCCGAUAGGCCUCCCUUCGAGAGACUUUCCUCGGGAGACAUUGCAAUUCUCCCUUCCCCCGGGAACUUCCGUGAUGCACGGCACAGUUGAAUCGAAGGCAUUCUUGAGGGGGAUUACUUCGGGGAUGGACAUGGCAGCUGCCCUAGAGAGCCAGAUCCUCCGGUGUACUCUUUCUGCUUGCAUAGCCCUCGGUGAGCAGGCCAGGAGGCUCGAAGAGUGGCGUCUUCUGAAGGCUCAACAGGAUGAGAAGUUGAAGAAGCUCAUCCAUGAAAACUCUGAUGUCGUAAGGCAGAUGGCUACGUUAGAGGAGGACCUUUGACGGGCGAAGGUUGAAGCUGAGAGAGCCAAAGCGGAGGGUCAAGCUGAGGGCAAAGCUGAGGUCGAGAGGGCUGCCACUGAGGUUGCGAAGAAGGUUGUCGAGGAGGUUGAGACUGCCAAAGCUGAAGCGGUGGCUGCCGCCGGGAAGUCUGCAGUUGAUGCCUUCAUUGCCGGUGGCUGGGAGGCCGCUGAUAGGGAAGAAUGGGUCUCCUCUGUGGUGCGGAAGAAGAUCGACGCCUAGGUUGAAGGCCCCGGUAAGGAGUGGUUGGCCGAGAGAGGCGACUGCUACUACCAAGGGGGUGAGUUCUUCACCCAGCACCUGAUAUACCGGAGGCUUGCUCGUCACUUCAAUGUCUCCCUCGAUCAGUUCGACUCGGCGGUGUACGACCUUCCCCCGUUGCAACCAGAUGUAAGAAUUCCCCUCCCCCCGGGCGAAGAGAGGCCCGUGAUUGAUGACUCUAUGAUGAUGGGGGGUCCGGCGAGGGCGGUGCUGAUGAGGCCGUCGGAGAAGAGGUCACCUCCAAAGUUGCCGAGGGAGAAACCACCGAAUGAUCUUGUAUUUGUAAAUCUUUUGAACAAUAUUUGUAACUGAAUACGUUUACCGCCCUUGCAUUUGAAUACUAUCUUCUGAAUGAAUAGUGUGCCUUCGGGCUUCAAUGUUUGAAUUUACUCUUUUCUUCUCUUAUAGUAAGUGAAUGGCCUUCGUUUUUCUUUACGUUCCUUUCAUGUAUGCGUGUAUGUUUGCAUUAUGAUUUGACCGGGGGCUAAUCAUUUAGGACUUAGAAGAAAUAUUCCAAGUGUUGUGCAGCAUUAGGCCUUCGGUUGAAGCUUCCCCUCGAUCUCGUGUAGCUGUCACUAGUUGACUGAGGGCCCAAAUUUAUAGGACUUAGAAUAUUUUUCUAAGUGUUGCUCACAACUUUUGCCCUCGGCUGACAUCCUCUUUGUGUGUCUUCUGUUGUGUUAGUUGUAAGUCUUCAGUUGUUGGUGGCUGGGGGCCAACAGUCCAGGACUUAGAAAAUUCUCAAAUGUGGUAUUACCUCUGAGCCCUCGGUUGAAUGUUGAGUUUGACCGAUGGGCAACCUUUUUAGGACUUAGGAAGUUUUUCUGAGUGUAGUUUCACCACUGAGCCUUCUGUUGUGUGACCCCUCUGGCUGCAUGGAGAUUUGACCGAGGGCCUAAUGUUUGGGACUUAGAAAGAGUUCCUACAUGUCACCUGUCACUUGGCCUUGGGUAAAUGAGCUCUGUGAGUACCAGCCUCCGGUGUAGAUUGUAGUGCCGGGGGUUGCUGGAACUUGGACUUAGGAAAUUCAAGAUCAUGUCUGUGGGUACUCGCCUUCGGUGCUGUGUGGCAGGCGCCCUCGGCCGUAGUGGGUUCCCAAAAUGUGGACUUAGGAAAAUUUUGUAAGACAUUCGUGUUGUAAUAAAGGCGGACGGGGAGUGGUGCCUUCAUUGUUGAGUGGACUUUAGCCAAUUUUAAUCCUUUAGUAGGAUUAGAGCCCUCGGUAUUCGUUGAUGCCGGAGGCCACCAGUUUGUGGACUUGACUGAUAUUUGAUGUAUGGUGACCGGGGGCAUUCCUUUGGAGAUCCCUCGGUGUUGUCUGACGCCGGAGGGCAUCAAUAUUUGUUGGUUAAUCCAGAUAGUGGACUUUGUUGAAUAGUGGCCUUCUGGAAUUAGUAGCUCCCAGGUAUCGGAGGUGUUCCCUUGUGGAGCCCUCUGUAUAAUUUGUAUUGUCUUGUAACAACCCUUCUUCCUCUUUGCCGAAGGAUGUUCCGUCGUGGAUUGUCGGAGUUGUGUACUCAUUGAUUGCUCGUUGAGUCUACUCCCCUUCACCCCAUUUUUUUUGGUAGUGAAGGGAAGGCUUCAAGAAACUUAGUUUCCUGGUAAGGCUUGGCCUAUCGGGAGGCAACAACAUACACAAUUAGCUCCCCCCUCGGGUUAACCUUCCGAGUUCCGAGGGGAUCGAGGGUCGUUUCCUCGGCAUAAGACAGAGUCUGUAGCCUGCCUCCCCUUGGGGGAUGGCACGGAAAGCGCCUCAGUUUUGAAAGUCGUUCUCUCAGCACGAGAUGUAGUCUUUGGCCUGCCAUACCCUUGGGGUAAUGGCGCGGGAAGCGUUUCGUUUUUGAAAGUCGAAUCCUGGGCAUAUUAGUUGCCUGCCACACCCUUGGGGUAGUGGCGCGGAAAGCGUUUCGUUUUUGAAAGUCGAAUCCUGGGCAUAUUAGUUGCCUGCCAUACCCUUAGGGUAAUGGCGCGGAAAGCGUUUCAGGGAUGGGUUUUUUAUUUGAACACUGGUUGCAAAUGGCCGGGGGCACUACGUGCUGCCGGCACCGAUAGGUGGCGCCUUCGGUAUAAAUGCGUCCUCGAGGGGUACGACUUCCGAAACAACACUUGGUGUCUGUUUCAGCAUACGGCCCCCGCUAUUUGGUACCGGGGGGUCUUCAAAGGGAAACACUUGGUGUUUUUCGCUGUCUGGAGUUGAUAGGAGUACGUACCCUCGGUACUUGGUACGGAAGGGUCUUCUUUGAAAAACACUGGGUGUUUUUCUUCAUUCGUUGCAGGUAGUGGGGGUGUCUACCCUCAGCACUUGGUGCCGAAGGGUCUUGCUUGUAAUAAGGCCUUGGGCCGAGAGCUUGUUAUGAGGGUUUGGCCGCUCAUAAGAGUCUUGUUUCUUGUUUUUGGUGUCUUCAAUACGUCUUCAUUCUUCGAAUUUGAAGGCCUUGGGCCGUAGGAUAAUACAUUCAUUAGUUAUGAGGGUUUGGCCGCUCUAACAUUACUGAUAAAAUUUAACUAGGUGAUGUACAUUCCAAUGCCUAGGGACCUCUGUCCCAUUGGGGCGUUUGAGUUUGUAAGUCCCAGGUUUGAUGGGGCCCACAAACUUAGGUGUCAUCUUGCCGCCCUCAGUUGGUUGGCUAGCUUCCCUCUGUCGGAGGACAUAAUCCCCCACUUGGAAUUCUCGAGAGCGGACCUUGGCGUCGAUGUAGCUUUUGACUUGCCUUCGGUAGUUUUCCGCUCGUAUGAAGGCUUGCUCUCGGCGUUCUGAGAUGAGGUGAAGGUCGAGGGCCAUGUUGGCGUCAUUGACUUCGGGAUCAUAUUGGGCUACCUUCGGGUAGGAAGAGUCAUUUUAGUGGGAGCUUUAGCCUCAAAUCCAUAGCACAGGGAGAAGGGUGUUUCACCUGUUGCCCACCGAGGGGUGGUGCGGUAAGCCCAUAGGAUAUUGUGGAGUUCUUCUACCCAGCCUCCCCCUUCGGCCUCCAACUUCUUUUUGAGUCCCUCAAGUAAUGUCCGGUUGGCAUUCUCCACUUGACCGUUGCCUUGAGGGUAAGCAACGGAUGAGAAGGUGUGCUUUGAUGCCCCAUGCCUCUAGGAGGGCACAGAAGGGGGCUGCCUCAAAUUGGGUUCCGUUGUCGGAGAUGAUUUGUUGGGGGACGCCAAACCUUAUGAGAAUGUUCUUUAGGACAAAGUGGCGCCAACGAUGAUGUACCUGUUGUUGGAGGUACCCCUCGGCAGAGGGCCCGCAAGGUCUAUGCCCCAUCUAGCGAAGGGUAUAGAUGUGCUGAUGGGGGCAUAGUUGACCGCUGGCCUGCCGGGGCUUUCUGGAAGUGUUGACAUGCGGUACAUCUUCGGGCGAGAUCCGCACAAUCUCGGGCCAUCGUAGGCCAGAAGUAGCCCUGGAUUAUGAGCCUUCGGGACAUGGAGAAGGGUCCCUGAUGAGCUGAACAAGUGCCACUGUGCACUUCCUCCAUUGCAACUUCGGCUUCAUCUUGAUGAAGGCACCGGAGCAGCGUACCAUUGUAAGAUCGUUUGUAGAGCCUUCCGUCCUCGAUGGUGUAGCUGGGGGCCCUCAACUUUGCCAGCUUGGCGCGGGCCUCAUCCUCGGGCAGCUGCCCUGUGGUGACGAAGGCAAUGAUGUCUGAGAUCCAGUCCUCCUGUCUUUGUUGUAUAUUCAUGAUGGGGCUGACGUGUAUGCUGGAGAGGUUGAGCUCCUCGAUUUUGGUGAUUUUGGAUAUGUGCUCAGGGGAUUCGGCCGAGAGCUUUGAUAAAAUGUCGGCCUUAGAAUUUUGAGCCCUCGGUAUUUGAGUGAGAGAGUGUGCCUCAAAUACCUUAAGCAAUUUCUUGGUGGCUUCCUUGUAUUGUUUCAUCCUCCCUUUUUUGGCCUCAUACUCUCCUGAAAUUUGGCCGACGACUAACCUGGAAAGAGAAGCGGAUGGCAUAAAUGGCCAGCCGAAGGCCACAGAGGAGGGCCUCAUAUUCGGCUUCGUUGUUGGAGACUUUGAAAGAGAAGCGGAUGGCAUAAUAGGCCCGGAUGCCUUCGGGAGAAAUGAGAACUACCCCUCCCCCAUAAGCUUUGAUAGCGGAGGAGCCGUCGGUGUAGAGAGUCCACCAGUCAUCCGAGGGAGCCGAAGGCUCCUCGUCCGUGGCUGAUAUUGCCGUGCAUUCCGUCACGAAGUCCGCCAGGGCUUGGCCCUUGAUGGCAGGCACCGGAUGGAUGUUGAUGUUGUAUUGGCUGAGGAAGAGCCCACUUUACCAUCUGGGAGGAGCUGGUGGGGCUCCUCAUCAAAGCGCCGAGGGGUUGGUGUGUGAGGACUUGGACCGGAUGGGCUUGGAAGUAGUGGCCCAACUUCUUGACAGUCCAGACAAUAGCUAGCACCGUUUUUUCCACAGGGGAAUACCGGAGUUCCGCUUCACUGAUGGUCUUGCUAACAUAGAAGAUGGCAUGCUGGACGCCAUCUUCUUCCCGGAUGAGUACUAAGCCGAUGGCCGCCGGGCUAACACCAAGGUAAAGGUACAGGGUUUCCCCUACCUUGGGUUUGGAGAGCACAAGGGGUGAAGAUAAAUAUCGUGUCAGCUCGUCGAAGACCUCCUGGCACUCUGAGGUCCAUUGGAAGCCGGCGGUCUUCCUCAUGAUCUGAAAGAAGGGUAAGGACUUCUCCGCCGAUUUGGAUAGGAAGCGGUUGAGGGCUGCCAGACGGCCCGUCAAUCGUUGGACUUCCUUCACGUUGCGUGGGGGCUCCAUGUUGGUGAUGGCCUGGACUUUCUCGGGGUUGGCCUCAAUCCCCCUUUGGCUCACCAUGUAGCCUAAAAACUUGCCUCCUUGCAUGCCGAAGGUGCAUUUCUUCGGGUUUAGCCAAAGGUUGAACUUUUGCAUGAUGGCGAAGAUCUCCCGAAGGUCGUCAGCAUGGCUCGAUGAUUGUUUGCUUUUGACGAUCAUGUCGUCAACAUAGGCCUCCAUGGUGCGCCCUAGGACAGCCUGAAAGACUCUGGCCACCAUCCGGGUGUAAGUGACGCCUGAGUUCUUAAGGCCGAAGGCCAUGUCAAGGUAGCAGAAGAUGCCCUCGGGAGUCAUGAAGGCUGUGUUUUCGGCGUCUUCCUCGUGCAUGAAAAUUUGGUGAUACCCUCGGAAGGCAUCGAGGAAGGACAUGAUCUCGCACCCCGCGAUCUCUACCACCAGUUGAUCAAUAUUUGGCAAGGGAAAGGGGUCCAUGGGGCACGCCUUGUUUAAAUCAGUGUAGUCUACGCACAUGUGGAAGGUGAGCGGCUUUUGUGCGAGGACUACGUUAGCCAGCCAUGAGGGGUAUUUUACCUCCUUGAUGUGCUUGAUGGAGAGGAGCAUGGCGACCUCUUUCUUCACAAAAUCCCUUCUCUCGGUCGAGGGGGUCUUCUUCGCUGUUGUAUAGGUUUGACCGAAGGGUCCACCAAGAGGCGGUGGGUGAUGACCCUUCGGCUAAUUCCGGGCAUGUCCUCCGACCCGCAUGCAAAAACAAUGGAGUAGGCGUGGAGGGCUUCAGUUAUGUCGGUUUUCAGGUCUUCAGGGAGCUUGGCUCCAAUCUUCACAACCCUCUCCGGCUUGGCCGGAUCGAGUGCGAGGUCUUCUACUUCCUCGGCGGGCUCAGCCCUCGGCCUCUUCUCUUCUCCCUCCACGGUUCCGGUGAUGGUGUCAACACGGAACUCGGUCUUACUAACCUUCUUUGUCACUUGAAGGUAGCAAGCGCGGACAAGUUUUUGAUUCCUCUUUGAGUACCCGAUGC